AUGAACAAGGAAUGUAGUGCCCUCAUCAAGAAGGACGUACUCCUGAAGAAAAAAGAUCUGGGGAACUUUCAUAUUCCCUGCACCAUAGGAGAGACAAAAAUUGAUAGAGAAUUUUGUGAUCUAGGAGCUAGCAUGAAUGUGAUGCCUCUGUCUCUUAUGAAGAAGUUGCAAAUAAAUAAGCUGAGAUCCACAGAUGUAAUCAUCCAAUUGGCUGAUAAAACUCAGAAGCAAGCGGAAGGAGUAGUCGAGAAUGUAUUUGUCAAAGUGGAAAACUACUUCCUUCCCACUGACUUUGUUGUUUUGGACAAGGAAGAAAGUUACCUCCAUCCCAUUAUUCUGGGAAGACCAUUUCUAGCCACUGCUAGAGCACUAAUAGAUGUGGAACAAGAAAAGUUAAUCCUGAGAAUACAUGAUGAACAUCUCACCUUCCAUGUUUUCAAACCUACAUCUGAAUCUAAGCCAGAACCUAAAGAGCCAAAGCAACAUGUGCAUAAAAGAAAGCAACAGUGA